ACCUUUCCAAAGCCCGGCGCGAGGGGUGUGCGGGGAGCCCACGCGUUUGGAGAGCCCGGCCCGUGCCGGGCGGCGCUGGGGACUGGGUGCUCGAGUGGCAGGAUCCGACCCGGACGACCGAGACGAGAAGCGGGUAGGAGCCGGGGCGGCGGGCAGGCCGAGUGCAGACGCCUGUCCAGCACUCCCCCUCCCCGCGCUCGCCCCAGUGGUGGCGGCCGAGCGAAGGACUCGCGGCUGCGGGGCUCGCGCCUCUGUCAGUGCGGCGGGGCGCGCGAGCGGCGCGGGGCGCGGAGCCUAGGGAAGCGGAGGGGGCGGAAGCGGUCGCGACUCUCGCGCGUGUGCUCGGGCUCCUCAGGCGGCGGCCAGGGCCGCCUCUUCCCUCCCGCCCUCCGAGAGCGGACGCGCCGUCGCCCUUCGGUGCCGCGCGGCUUCCUCCAGACCUCGGCGCGGGGUGAACACCAUGUCCUUGAAGAUUCAGACCAGCAAUGUAACCAACAAGAAUGACCCUAAGUCCAUCAACUCUCGGGUCUUCAUUGGAAAUCUAAACACAGCUGUGGUAAAGAAGUCAGAUGUGGAGACCAUCUUUUCCAAGUAUGGCCGUGUGGCUGGUUGUUCUGUGCACAAAGGCUAUGCUUUUGUCCAGUAUGCCAAUGAGCGCCAUGCCCGGGCAGCUGUGCUGGGAGAGAAUGGGCGGGUGCUGGCUGGACAGACCCUGGACAUCAACAUGGCUGGAGAGCCCAAGCCUAAUAGACCCAAGGGGCUAAAGAGAGCAGCAACUGCCAUCUACAGUGGCUACAGCUUUGACUAUGAUUACUACCAAGACUACUUCUGUGCCAGGCUGUUUGAUUAUCGAGGCCGCCUUUCUCCAGUGCCUGUGCCCAGGGCAGUUCCGGUGAAGCGACCCCGUGUUACAGUCCCUUUGGUUCGCCGUGUCAAAACUACGAUACCUGUCAAGCUCUUUGCCCGCUCCACAGCUGUCACUACUGGCUCAGCCAAAAUCAAGUUAAAGAGCAGUGAGCUACAGACCAUCAAAACAGAGCUGACACAGAUCAAGUCCAACAUCGAUGCCCUGUUGGGUCGCUUGGAACAGAUUGCUGAGGAACAGAAAGCCAACCCAGAUGGCAAGAAGAAGGGUGACAGCAGCAGUGGUGGAGGAGGAGGCGGCAGUGGAGGAGGCAGCAGUGGCAAUGUUGGUGGUGGCAGCAGUGGCGGUGGCAGUGGGAGCUGCAGCAGCAGCAGCCGGCCACCAGCGCCCCAAGAAGACACGGCUUCUGAGGCAGGCACACCCCAAGGAGAAGUGCAGACUCGAGAUGAUGGUGAUGAGGAAGGACUGCUAACACACAGUGAGGAGGAGCUGGAGCACAGCCAGGACACAGAUGCAGAAGAUGGAGCCUUGCAGUAAGCAGCUUAACAGGAACAUUGGCCACCAGCAGAAGGGCAUCACUGUCUCAGGCCUCAAGCCAGGCACCCAUCUCUGGAUGCCAGCCUAUAGUGGGCACCAGAGGAAAGCUGGCAGCAGUAACUCCUCUCCCCAUGCAUCCUAGCCAGUGAGUGCUACAUCCUUUGCAAGUGGAGUUACUGGCCUACCCUUACCCCAUGCAUUCUUCCUGUCUGCACUGCCUGGGCCAAGGGGCAGAAACACUCUGCUCUUCUUCCCCAGGACAUUCCCAGGCUUGGGGUUUUUCUAUAGGUUUGAAAGUAAAGGCGGGAGGGUGGGAAGGGUGGGGGGAACCUGACAAUAAACUGAUUGGAUCCAAAUAUGCUCUGAGA